AUGAACGCGGUGAAGGAGAUAGAGAAAGAUCUCAAGAUCACGUCGUUGCAGGCUAGGUUCUUUGCCGGCUUCAUGACGAGAGUGCCAGGCAUCCUCGGCGCACUGUUCGCCGCCGUGACGGCAAAUCUCAUUGGACGGAAGUACGUGGCUUUGAUAGGCAGCGUGCUCUACCUUAUCGGAGCGGUAACCAUCUUCUUCACAGGUGAGUACACCACUUCCAUGGCCGGCCGCGCUCUGACGGGCCUGGGGAUCGGAACGGGCCUCGUAAUCGGGCCCGUUUUUAUAGCUGAAGUCGCGCCUUCAAAAAGACGGGCCUUUUUAACCACUUUCCCUCAGUUGCUCUUAAUUUUGGGGUGGGCCUACGCGUGGAUACCGUCGGCCCAUCCACGUUGGCGGGCAAAACUGUUGAUAAGCGCGGGCCCAUGCUUGGUCUCCACGCUACUCCUCGCUUGCUUGCCGGACACGCCAUGUGCGAUAAUAACCAUGAGCGGGAAGCUGGAGGAUGCAGAAGAGGUUAUGUCGAAAUGUGGGGUUCCGGAGGGGGAGAGGGAGGCGAGGUUGGGGGAGUUACAAACGGCUGCCAAGAUUCCGAUACACCUUGUCACCAAUGAAGAGGCCAUCAAUGCACCAAGCAGAAGGAGGAGAAUCACAUGGUUCCUCGAGGACCCGGCCACGGUCACUGGUUUCACUGGGAGUUUGCUCAUCACUGCGGCUCUAUUCGUCGCUCAGGAGCUGGCACUCGAGGACAUAAUUCUACAUAACGUGGCACCCAUCUUUCAGAACAGUGGGCGCUCCUAUCAGGCCUCCAAAGUAGCCACCCUAGUCCUGGUCUGCAUCAAGGUGGUGGGAGCGUUGGUUCCGGUCUUCACAGCCAAUUCCUCCGGACGUCGCAGGAUUCUUCUGCUUGUCAGCAUGGGAGCCACAGGGGUUUUCCUGGCAGCCCUUGGCGGGAUGCUGCUAGCAGAUUUUCGUGCGAGACGCACUGUCCCUUUCCCGCUUUACUGUGUUAUCUUCAUUGGUGUGGAGGUGUCUCCUGCCAUUGGACUAGGUGCAGUUCCCUGGAUGUAUGGCCCGGAGGCUUUCCCACUUUUGAUACGGACGCCUUUCUUUGGCCUUUGCGUGGCUUUGAAGCUCGGCAUCAGGCAAUUGUUGAUAGUGAGACUCCCGCUACUCACCAGCCUGUACACUAUGGGUUUUGGUUACCUGUUGCUCAGUGGGGUUUUGGCGAUUGGCUUCGUACUGUGCUGGAUAUUUUUCAGAGAGGACCAUACUCGUAAAGUGUUAGUGGAUGAUACAGUUGCUCAUAGGUUAUGGUCAGUACUAGCUCUUAAAGAUCAGACUCGUCGUCCUCCUCAAAAUGUUUAG